CGCGCCCCCAGCCACCGCCAUCCUCCCUUCCCUCCUCUUCCCUCCCCUGCCCUCCCCUCUCCUCCGCCCCCAGCCUCCGCUGCGGCGGGAGGAAGGACCGUUUCUGACCAGCCUGGAGAGUCUAGAUCGAUUCCCAUUCGGGGAGAAAGAAGAGAUCCCGCACUCGGAUCGGACACACCGCUCGCCCCCCGGGCCACGGAAGUGGCUCGCAGCGGACGGCGGAGCCCACGCCGAGCGCAGCCCCCCGACCCUCGGCCAGCCGCAGCCGCAAUAGACAGCGCUCCCCAGCGGGCCCCCGGCCCCGGCGAGCCCACUCCCCGAGCGCAGCCGGGGCCGGCGAUGCCUGGCACGGCAGCGGCGGUGGCCGCGCCUGCUGCCGCUGCCCCUGCCACCGCUGCCACGGCUGCUGGCCCGGGCCCGGGCUGGGGGCUCGAGGCUCCGCAGUGGGGCUGAGCCCGCAGCCCCGCCCCCCGAGCCUGAGGCCGCUGCUCCGCCGGGCGCCGGGCCUCCUCCGCCCGCGCCUCCGCCCCAGGAGCUGGAGCCAAGCGGGGAGCCCGGGCCCCGCGCCCAGGCCCGGACCAUGCACGGCCACCGAGCUCCGGGGGGUGCCGGGCCUUCGGAGCCCGAACACCCGGCUGCGAACCCCCCCGGCGCCGCUCCGCCGGCCUCUGCCGACUCGGACCCUGGAGCCUCAGAACCUGGACAACCGCUGCGGAGGGGCUCGGGCUCCGCUGGCGGCGGCCCCCUGGAUCCCCAGUUGCCCGGACCCUCGGACGCCAGCUUGGCUGCGGUUCCAGGCCCUCGGGUCUUGCCCUGCGGCCCCAGCCCCCAGCACCACCGGGCCUUGCGCUUCUCUUACCACCUGGAGGGCUCGCAGCGUCGGCCUGGGCUACACCAAGGAAACCGGAUCCUGGUUAAAAGUUUGUCCCUUGAUCCUGGCCAGAGCCUUGAGCCUCAUCCAGAAGGCCCCCAGCGGCUUCGCUCAGACCCAGGCCCCCCCACUGAAUCUCCCAGCCAGCGUCCUUCGCCACUAAAACGUGCACCAGGCCCAAAGCCACAAGUGCCCCCGAAGCCCAGCUACCUACAGAUGCCCCGACUGCCCUCUCCACCUGAGCCUAUCCCCCCUCCGCCCUCGCGUCCCCUGCCCGCAGACCCCCGAGUGGCCAAGGGCCUAGCGACCAGAGUGGAGGCCAGUCCUAGUUCUGCAGCCGUAUCCUCGCUAAUUGAGAAGUUUGAAAGAGAGCCUGUGAUUGUCGCCUCGGAUAGGCCAGCCCCUGGCCCCUGCCCAGGUCCCCCAGAGCCAGCCAUGUUGCCACAGCCACCCCUGCAGCCACCAGUGCCCCAGCUCCUCGAGGCUGAGGCCUCCCGUUGCCUGUUCCUGCUGGCUCCUGGGCCCCGGGAUGGAGAGAAGGUACCCAACCGGGACAGCGGCAUCGACAGCAUCAGCUCGCCAUCCAACAGUGAAGAGACCUGCUUUGUCAGUGAUGAUGGGCCUCCCAGCCACAGCCUCUGCCCCGGGCCCCCUGCCCUGGCCAGUAUGCCUAUGGCCUUGGCCGAGCCCCUCCGGCCUGGCUCCCAGGAGGUUGACAGUGACCUGGAGGAGGAGGACGACGAGGAGGAGGAUGAGGAGAAGGACAGAGAAAUCCCAGUGCCCCCGCUGGAGAGACAGGAGUCUGUGGAGUUAACGGUGCAGCAGAAGGUCUUCCACAUUGCCAAUGAGCUCCUGCAAACAGAGAAGGCCUACGUUUCCAGACUCCAUCUCCUGGACCAGGUGUUCUGUGCCCGGUUGCUGGAAGAAGCUCGGAACCGCAGUUCCUUCCCCGCUGACGUCGUCCACGGCAUCUUCUCCAACAUCUGCUCCAUCUAUUGCUUUCACCAGCAAUUCCUGCUUCCUGAGCUAGAGAAGCGCAUGGAGGAAUGGGACCGCUACCCACGCAUUGGCGACAUCCUGCAGAAGCUAGCGCCCUUCCUCAAGAUGUAUGGUGAGUAUGUGAAGAACUUCGACCGGGCCGUGGAGUUAGUCAACACCUGGACCGAACGCUCCACCCAGUUUAAAGUCAUCAUCCAUGAGGUGCAGAAAGAGGAAGCCUGUGGCAACCUGACACUGCAGCACCACAUGCUGGAGCCAGUGCAGCGCAUCCCCCGCUACGAGCUGCUUCUCAAAGACUAUCUGUUAAAGCUGCCCCACGGCUCCCCGGACAGCAAAGAUGCCCAAAAGUCUCUGGAGCUGAUAGCCACAGCAGCAGAGCACUCAAAUGCUGCCAUCCGCAAAAUGGAGCGAAUGCACAAGCUGUUGAAGGUAUAUGAGCUGCUGGGUGGGGAGGAGGACAUUGUCAGCCCCACCAAGGAGCUCAUAAAAGAAGGUCACAUCCUCAAGCUGUCAGCAAAGAAUGGGACCACCCAAGACCGAUACCUCAUACUAUUCAAUGACCGCCUCCUUUACUGCGUGCCCAGGCUGCGGCUCCUUGGCCAGAAGUUUAGCGUGCGGGCACGCAUUGAUGUAGAUGGCAUGGAGCUGAAGGAGAGCUCCAACCUCAAUCUGCCUCGGACCUUCCUGGUGUCGGGAAAGCAGCGCUCCCUGGAGCUCCAGGCCAGGACUGAGGAGGAGAAGAAAGACUGGGUCCAGGCCAUCAACUCCACCCUCCUGAAGCAUGAGCAGACGCUGGAGACCUUCAAACUAUUGAACUCCACAAAUCGGGAAGAUGAAGACACGCCACCCAACUCUCCGAAUGUGGAUCUCGGGAAGCGGGCACCCACGCCCAUCCGGGAAAAGGAAGUUACCAUGUGUAUGCGCUGCCAGGAGCCCUUCAAUUCCAUCACCAAACGCAGGCACCACUGCAAAGCCUGUGGCCACGUGGUUUGUGGAAAGUGCUCCGAGUUCCGGGCCCGCCUCAUCUAUGACAACAACCGCUCCAACCGUGUGUGCACAGACUGCUACGUGGCCUUGCAUGGGGUGCCCGGGAGCAGUCCGGCCUGCAACCAGCAUACACCCCAGCGCCGGAGGUCCAUCCUGGAGAAACAGGCCUCCGUGGCCGCCGAGAACAGCGUCAUCUGCAGCUUCCUGCACUACAUGGAGAAGGGUGGCAAAGGCUGGCACAAGGCCUGGUUCGUGGUCCCCGAGAAUGAACCCUUGGUGCUGUACAUCUAUGGAGCCCCUCAGGAUGUGAAAGCCCAGCGCAGCCUGCCCCUCAUUGGCUUCGAGGUGGGACCUCCCGAGGCAGGGGAGAGGCCUGACCGACGGCAUGUCUUUAAAAUUACUCAGAGCCACCUGAGCUGGUACUUCAGCCCUGAGACAGAGGAGCUACAGCGACGCUGGAUGGCCGUGCUUGGCCGCGCUGGCCGUGGGGACACAUUCUGCCCAGGCCCCACACUGUCCGAGGACAGGGAAACCGAGGAGGCACCUGUGGCAGCGUCCGGAGCCGCUGCAGAACCGCUGGAAGCCCCCCAGACCCGAGACAAGACCUAGACGGUCUGGGGCAGAGGGGGCAGCCCGGUAGCCCCUGCCCCACACUCUAGCUGCCCAGAUCUGAUGGCGGGGGCAGCGCCCUCCCUCCCAGCUCAGUCAGUCCUUGAACUCCCAUCGCGGGCCUUUUGAUCCGCUGGGCCUUGGGUUUUUUAAUUCAUCUUUUCACAAAACGUGGGCUUUUAAAAAAAUAUUCCUACAGUAAUGUUCCUCUUCUUUUUUUUUUAAUCCCUGUCCCCAGGGAGGUUGGGAGCCAUUGCUAGAGCUCACCCAAACUAGCACAACCCCCCCCCCCGCACCCCAAAGCAUCAUGCCUCCACCCGAUGUCCCCCACCUCCUCCCAAAAGCAACAGGGGCAGGAGACCUGCAUUCCAGUGCCAGCCCUGCCACCUCAACCACUGUUUCCACCCAUGUGACUCCGCAUGAGGGGGUAACCAGACCCUUGCUGCCAAUCCCAUGCCUUCUGCUUCCACCCGGCCUCAAGGCUACCCAGUAUUUUCUCGUCCAGACCCAUGGCAGGGCCACCGGGCAGGA